AUGUUGGAAGAAGUGUGGACAAAUUGCUGGGUAGACUGUCCCAAACUGAAAAACUACUGGGAAGAUGUGGAUGAGAGCCAAACUGGAGAACCUGGAUGGCUUGGGGGUGAACUGAAAGGGAAAACUGGAUGGUUUCCUGCAAACUAUGCGGAAAGAAUUUCUGAAAACGAAACAUCAAACUCUGUAAAGCCAGUUAUUGACACUACAGCUGCCCCUAAAGUAUCAGUGCGUGAAACCCCCACAACACCCCUGGCACCACCUCUCCCUGCAGAAUCAAGUACUACUGCCAACAACUGGGCAGACUUCAGUUCAACAUGGCCAGCAAGUACUAGUGAUAAGCAAGAGACAGAUAACUGGGAUGCCUGGGCAACUCAGCCUUCCCUUACCGUGCCAAGUGCAGGGCAGCUGAGGCAGAGAUCUGCCUUCACUCCUGCCACUGUCACUGGAUCUUCUCCUUCUCCAGUUCUGGGUCAGGGUGAAAAAGUGGAGGGACUUCAAGCUCAAGCCCUGUAUCCUUGGAGAGCCAAGAAGGACAAUCAUCUUAAUUUUAACAAGAAUGAUGUAAUCACGGUAUUAGAACAGCAAGAUAUGUGGUGGUUUGGAGAAGUUCAAGGUCAAAAGGGAUGGUUUCCUAAAUCAUAUGUGAAGCUUAUUUCAGGUCCUAUAAGGAAAUCAACAAGCAUGGAUUCGGGAUCUUCAGAGAGUCCUGCAAACUUAAAGACAGUAUCACCAGUUACAAAAUCUGCUGUAUCGGGAGAAGAAUAUAUUGCCAUGUACACUUACGAGAGCUCAGAACAAGGAGACUUAACUUUUCAACAAGGGGAUUUAAUUCUAGUGACCAAGAAGGAUGGAGACUGGUGGACAGGAACACUGGGUGAAAAAUCAGGAGUAUUUCCAUCUAACUAUGUCAGACUGAAAGAUUCUGAGGUGCUUGGAACUGCUGGGAAAACAGGAAGCCUAGGCAAGAAACCUGAAAUUGCUCAGGUUAUUGCCUCAUAUACUGCGACAGGUCCUGAGCAGCUUACACUUGCCCCUGGUCAGUUGAUUCUUAUCAGAAAGAAGAAUCCUGGUGGAUGGUGGGAAGGAGAGCUUCAAGCCCGUGGGAAAAAAAGGCAGAUAGGUUGGUUUCCUGCUAAUUAUGUGAAACUCUUGAGCCCUGGUACUAGUAAAACAACACCAACCGAGCCACCUAAAUCAACAGCAUUACCUUCAGUGUGCCAAGUAAUUGGUAUGUAUGACUACAUUGCACAGAAUGAUGAUGAACUGGCAUUCAGCAAAGGCCAGAUCAUUAACGUCCUUAAUAAGGAAGACCCUGACUGGUGGAAAGGAGAAGUGAAUGGGCAAGUGGGUCUCUUCCCAUCCAACUAUGUGAAACUGACAACAGAUAUGGACCCAAGCCAGCAAUGGUGUGCGGAUUUGCAUCUCCUGGAUAUGUUGUCUCCUACUGAAAGGAAACGGCAGGGGUAUAUCCAUGAACUCAUUGUAACAGAAGAAAACUAUGUGAAUGACCUACAGUUAGUAACAGAGAUCUUCCAGAAGCCACUAAUGGAUUCAGAGCUGUUAACAGAAAAGGAGGGUGCUAUGAUUUUUGUAAACUGGAAAGAGCUAAUUAUGUGCAAUAUUAAACUACUGAAGGCACUGCGUGUUCGUAAGAAAAUGUCAGGAGAAAGGAUGCCAGUAAAAAUGAUAGGAGACAUACUGACAGCACAGCUUCCGCACAUGCAGCCUUACAUUAGAUUCUGUAGCUGUCAGCUUAAUGGGGCAGCCCUCAUCCAGCAGAAAACGGAUGAAGUUCCCGAGUUCAAGGAAUUUGUUAAAAGAUUAGCUAUGGACCCUCGCUGCAAAGGGAUGCCCUUGUCAAGCUUUCUGCUAAAGCCUAUGCAACGAGUAACUCGAUAUCCUCUAAUAAUUAAAAAUAUAUUAGAAAAUACUCCUGAAACCCAUCCAGAUUAUAGCCAUUUGAAGCAUGCUUUGGAGAAAGCAGAGGAACUUUGUUCUCAGGUCAAUGAAGGUGUACGUGAGAAGGAGAAUUCGGACAGACUUGAAUGGAUCCAGGCUCACGUUCAGUGUGAAGGAUUAUCUGAGCAACUUGUUUUUAAUUCUGUUACAAACUGUUUGGGGCCACGCAAAUUUCUGCACAGCGGGAAACUCUACAAAGCCAAGAGCAACAAGGAAUUGUAUGGCUUUCUGUUCAACGACUUCCUCCUGCUGACACAGAUCAUAAAACCUCUUGGAUCAUCUGGUACAGAUAAGGUUUUUAGCCCCAAGUCAAAUCUGCAGUAUAAAAUGUACAAAACACCCAUAUUUCUAAAUGAGGUCUUGGUCAAACUACCCACGGAUCCUUCUGGAGAUGAGCCCAUCUUUCACAUUUCUCACAUUGAUCGAGUCUAUACACUCCGUGCGGAAAGCAUAAAUGAAAGGACGGCUUGGGUUCAGAAAAUCAAAGCAGCUUCUGAACUUUACAUAGAAACAGAGAAGAAGAAAAGAGAAAAGGCAUACUUAGUACGGUCCCAGAGGGCAACUGGUAUUGGAAGGCUAAUGGUGAACGUUGUUGAAGGUAUUGAACUGAAGCCAUGCAGAUCCCAUGGAAAAAGUAACCCGUAUUGUGAAGUAACGAUGGGUUCUCAGUGUCACAUCACCAAGACUAUACAGGACACUCUCAACCCCAAAUGGAAUUCUAACUGCCAGUUCUUUAUCAAAGAUUUAGAACAGGAUGUCCUCUGCAUAACGGUGUUUGAGAGGGAUCAGUUCUCCCCAGAUGACUUCUUGGGCCGAACUGAAAUCCGGGUAGCAGAUAUUAAGAAAGAUCAGGGCUCAAAGGGACCAGUUACGAAGUGUCUUCUCCUACAUGAAGUACCAACGGGAGAGAUAGUUGUCCGACUGGACUUGCAGCUGUUUGAUGAACCUUGAAAU